AUGGCGGAGGAGGAGGUUGUGGCACCGGCUGCGAUUCCAGUGGCUUCGGAUCACAAGAGAAAGCUGGAAGAUUUAGAGCCGGAAACUCUAGAAGAAGAUGAGCCUAGUCCAGCCGACAAGCAGGAGCCUGAAGAGGAUGAGAACGCUGAUGAUGUGGAGGAUGGUGGUUCGCCUGAGUCUAAGCGGCUAAGGAUUGAUGAAAGCAAAACCGAUGGGUUAGCUAGCGAAAAUGGUUUCAAAAGAGAUAAGUCAGGUGAACAUGAUAAGGAAGAAGCUGAAGAGCCGAAUGUUGAGAAUGAGCAAGAGAAGGAUAAUAAUGUUGAGCCUCUAUCUGAGGAGGUACCGGAAACAACUGGUAAAGAACCAAAUGCAGAUAAUCAGGAGACCAAUAAUACUGAACAAGCUACUGUUGAUGAUUCCAAGAAUGAGGAUGCUGAGAAACCGUCUUUAGAGGAUGCUGAGAAACCAUCUUUAGAGGAUGCUGGAAAGCUGUCCGAGGAGGCCGAGGAACAUCUAUCAGAGGAUCAAACAACAUCGCGUAAAAUGGAGGUUCCGAAUGACAAGGUUGGGGUUCUUAUUGGCAAGGGUGGAGAUACUAUACGUUACCUGCAGUAUAAUUCUGGGGCAAAAAUUCAAAUCACAAGGGAUGCUGAAGCUGAUCCACAAUCCACAACAAGGCCAGUGGAAUUAAUAGGGACUUUAAGUAGUAUAAGUAAGGCUGAGAAGCUCAUCAAUGCAGUGAUAGCAGAGGCUGAUGCUGGGGGUUCACCAUCUCUCGUAGCUAUGGGCCUUGCUACUAGUGCACAAAAUGAUGGUGUGGGAGAUCAGCUGGAGAUUCCAGUUCCAAAUGAGAAGGUUGGUCUAAUCAUAGGACGGGGUGGGGAAACCAUCAAAGGUCUUCAAGCCAAAUCAGGGGCUCGCAUUCAGUUGAUACCUCAGCAUCUUCCAGAAGGGGAUGGAUCUAAAGAAAGAACAGUGCGUGUAACUGGAGAUAAAAGGCAAAUUGAGAUGGCCAGAGAAAUGAUAAUGGAUGUCAUGAAUCAGAUUUGGCUUUUGCCUUUCCCAUGGGGUCAGCAUUGCUUUUUUGGUGUAGCAAUAGACAGCCACUAUUCACUCUCAUCAACCGAAGAGAGGUAUCAGGCAUUAAAUUUCGCAAUUGCAGGGGAUGGUAAUAGUUGGAUUUUAGGAUAUGCAUUGGUUCUGAAAAUGUCUGAAGUUGUUGCUCUUUAUAUUAAUGUCAGUGCAUGUCUUGAACUUCGUGACCAUACUGUGAGGCCAUCAACUCUCUCUAGCAGCUUUAACCAGCAGCAGUCCUAUCGACCCCGUGGACCCACUGGUCCAGGUCACUGGGGUCCACGUGGUCAUCAUUCAAACCAGCAAAUGCCGUAUGAUUAUCAGCAUCGGGGUCCAUAUCCAUCCCAUGGUUCGCAGUAUCCUCCAACUUAUGGUGGUUAUCCUCCACAACAGAUGGCUCCAAGAAGUAACUACAGUUCUGGUUGGGAGCAAAGACCUCAUGCUAACAUGCAGGGCCCUAAUAUGCACGGUGGCAGCUAUGAUUACUAUAGUGGCCAAGGAGGUCAUGUAUCUGAUCAUCCAGUUUCUGCCCCAAUGUCUACUCCCAUUCCUGGGCAUGUUUCUCGUCAUUCCCCUGCCCCUGUUAUGGGUGGACCUCCAUCUCAGGUGAAUUACAACUAUGGACAGUCCCAUGGCCCUGAUUAUGGGCAUCAAGCUCCCUAUUCCCAGGCAGCACCUUCUCACCAGAGCUACGGGCAUGGAUACGAUGAACCGAAGUAUCCUUAUGGGCAUGGAAGUUCUCAGCCAGCUUAUCCACAGGCGAGCAAUCAAGCAGGCUAUGGGGCACAGCAGCAAUAUGGCAAGCAGCCAUCGUAUGGCAUGCCAUCACAGGGACCACCUCCCCAAUCAUAUGGCCCUCCGAGGCCUGGUCAACCAGGAGAUAUGUCUUAUCAAGUUUCCAUGCAAUCAAGUCAGUCAUAUGGUCAAAAUGCACCACCACAACAGCAGUAUCCAUAUGCAUCAAGUGGACCCAUGCAGCAAGCAUAUCCUCCUUAUGGGUCUGGAUCAGCAUCCGAUGGGUAUAAUCAGGCACCACCUGCAUCUGGCCCAGGUUAUCCUCAGCAAGGUGCCCAGCCUGUUCCAACUUAUGGACAGCCUGGCGGACAAGCAGCAACUGGCUAUGGACAGGUUACUGCUGCGGGCUAUGGGGGAUAUCCAUCGUCACAACAAGGUUAUCCUGAGCAGCAAGCUGCGAACAAUGCAGGUUAUGGCUACCAAGGGUCUCAAGAUCCUGCUUACAGUACUGGCCCUGCAUAUUGUGCACCAACCAGCCAGCAGGCUUAUGCUCAACCAACACCAACUCAGCCGAGUUAUGAUCAGUCUGUCCCACAAUCGGCUGGUUAUGGAGCUGCUCCAGCAACUGCACCAGUUGGUUAUGGGAAAACUGUGUCUCCACAGCCUGGUUAUCCUCAAUAUGACUCAACCCAGAUGUAUGCUGCACCACGCUGA